GUUUUCUGCAUUUGGGCGGCCUCCGGACGGCUUUGUACAAUUAUAUUUUUGCCAAAAAGCACGGAGGGACCUUUGUUUUGCGGGUGGAGGACACGGACCAAACCCGCGUGGUGCCCGGCGCUGCAGAAGGGAUAGAGGACAUGCUGGACUGGGCAGGUGUUCCCCCUGACGAGAGUCCUCGCCGCGGUGGUUCCUUUGGACCCUACCAGCAGUCACACAGACUUGACCUCUACAGGAGAGCCAGCGAGGUGCUGUUGGAGCGAGGCGCGGCGUACCGCUGCUUCUGCACCCCUCAGCGCCUGGAGCUGCUGAAGAAGGAGGCUUUGCGGAGCCAGCAGACCCCGCGGUACGACAACCGGUGUCGGCACCUGACGCCCACCGAAGUGUCUGAGAAGCUGUCGCAGGGCCUCGAGUGGGUGGUCCGCUUCCGGCUGGAGAAGGGGGUGGAACCCUUUUGGGACCUGGUCUAUGGCUGGAACAAGCACGAGGUGGCUGACGUGGAAGGCGACCCGGUGAUUCUCAAGGGGGACGGCUUCCCCACCUACCACCUGGCAAACGUGGUGGAUGACCACCACAUGGGCAUCAGCCACGUUCUGCGCGGAACCGAGUGGCUGACCUCAACAUCCAAGCACCUCCUUCUCUACAAGGCCUUUGGCUGGGACCCCCCUCAGUUUGGUCACCUCCCGCUGCUUCUGAACAAAGACGGCGGCAAGCUGUCGAAAAGGCAGGGGGACAUCUUCCUGGAGCGCUUUGCUCGGGAUGGCUACUUGCCAGAGGCCCUCCUGGACAUCAUAACCAACUGCGGCUCCGGGUUCGCAGAGAAACAGAUGGGGAGGACUUUGGAGGAGCUGGUCUCGCAGUUUGAAAUAGGCAGAAUUACAACCCACUCUGCCCUCCUGGAUCUUGAAAAACUGCCAGAAUUCAACAGGAUUCAUCUCACCCGUCAUAUUGAGAACGACGGGCUGCGGCAGAAGCUAAUUAGAGAGUUGCAGUUGCUGGUGGAACACGUCUAUGGGGAUCAACAAGUGGAUCCAGAGGUUCUAGAAAAGGAAUACGUGGAGCGAGUCCUCCUGCUGAGAAAA